AUGCUGCGCUGCGUCCUCCCCCUCCUGCUGGCGUCGCUGCCGCUCACGAGCGCGUGGCUGCCGCCGAUCGUGGCAAAAGGCAACAAACUCUUCGACGCGGAGACGGGGCUGGAAUUCCGCAUCAAAGCGGAUGAAUCCCUGUUGGCAGGCAUGGCGUACUACCCGCGGCCAAACAGCGGCGAGCUGGCCGACAUGGUGUACAACGCCUUCGCCGUGUACGACAACACUCUGCUCUUCAGUGUGGCCAACGAGCCCAACCUCAUCUCGGUGGACGGAGACACGGGCGAGUCGGUCAUGCCCUGCGUCAAGGCCAUGAUCCGAGACAUCCGAGCCUACGCGGACGGAUGCGUCGGCAGCUUGAGGGAAGUCCCCAUUGGGGUGGAAAUGGCGGAUAUCCCGCCCAGAGCUCAGUGGCUGCAGUACUUCGACUGCACGGCUAGCAACGGCAGCUCCAGUGGCAGCGGAGAUUCCAGCGAGAGAGCGCAGUGGAUGGGAUUCAACCCGUACGUUGAGUGCGACCCGACCGGACACACCGAGUACUCGCAGUCCACGGGCCUGAACACGCUCAUGAAGGACUACAAGGACGCGGCAUACCCACGCCCCAUCAUGUUCGGAGAGUUUGGCUGCAACACGGGAGACAACACCAUGGACGGAUACGAGAACCAGCGCACAUUCUACGAUGCCAAGUGGAUGAACGAGGAAGAAGACAUGACGGUCGAGAUCGUGGGCGGCAAUGUAUUCGAGUUCUCGACCGAGAUUGCCAAUCUAGAGGGCACAAAGAAGCUGACGAAGAAGGCGGACAAGGGCAAGUACGGCGUGGGCUACUUCCAGCCCGACAAUUGUGACAACGAGAACACAACGUGCGAGUUCACGCCUUACCCUGAAUACGACAACCUCAAGGAGGCCUACACGACCACCAAGAACUCGACUAUCGAGAUGGAUUCGUUCACGCCUGCGAGGACUUCUGCGCUCAAGUGUCCGUCUGCCCUCUCGAUGGACCUCCCGGACACGCCCGAUGUCGAAAAGCUGUCUUGCUCUGUGGCGCAGCCUGUAUGCGACGGCCAGAAGUCCAACAACUUUGACUCGAGCACCUUGGCCGACCUCAACGACGGCAAGACAGCGAGCAGCGGGUCGUCGACGGCUACGAAGGACGGAAGCAGCGAUGCUCACACCGUCGUAGCCGCAUCCGUCGAGGCACUGGCCCUCGUUCUCGCUGCCUUCCUGGCGCUGAGCUAAGUUCCCAGCUCCGAUCUUUCAUUGUGUAGCGAUGCAGGACGCGUUUCACGUCACUAUAUAUUAGUUGCUAAUGAAC